AUGUCAGUGUAUGAGUGAGAGACUGAAGAGGAGAGAGGAAAAAGAGCAAUGGAGACUGGAGAGGGUUAGAGGAUGGAUAAAGUUUAACGGCUGUUAAAUGUCUUCUACCAGCCCUUGGUGACAAUGGUAACAUUGGACCCCCCUCCCUCCCUCUCCCUCUCCCUCUCUCCCUUCCACUGUCAUUCUUCUCUCCAGCAAUGCUCCCGUCGAUGAGCCGCACAUGGACCGAACUCCACCCCCUCCGCCUCGGACCAGGGUACCCAACACGACAGUCGACACGCAGCCUGCUCUGCCCAUGAGAAAUAUCCCCCAGCCACCCCCUGAAAUCAGUGAGUAUACUAAACCCCUCCCAUCCAUCCUUAACCCCACCCCUAACUCCCUAACCUCACCUCUCCCUGAUUUAACUCACCUCUUCACCCCUAACGCUACAAUCUACCAGCUCCUCCACCUCUUCACCCCUAACGCUACAAUCUACCAGCUCCUCCACCUCUUCACCCCUAACACUAAAAUCUACUAACUCCUCCACCUCUUCACCCCUAACGCUACAAUCUACCAGCUCCUCCACCUCUUCACCCCUAACUCUACAAUCUACUAACUCCUCCACCUCUUCACCCCUAACCCUACAAUCUACUAACUCCUCCACCCCUUCAACCCUAACCCUACAAUCUACUAACUCCUCCACCCCUUCAACCCUAACCCUACAAUCUACUAACUCCUCCACCUCUUCACCCCUAACCCUACAAUCUACGAACUCUCCACCCCUUCAACCCUACAUCACAACCCCCCAUCUUCAAACCUAACCCCACAAUCUACAACCCCCCCCCUUCAAACCCCCAACCUACUCACUAACUCUCCACCCCCCCUUCCCCCUAACCCCCAAAAAAACCCCCCCCCCUUACCCCCCAACCCUACAAACUCAACUCCCCCACCUUACCCCCCCCCCCAACCUCGUCAACACCCCUAACCCCACAAUCACUAACUCCUCCCCCCCCCCCCUUCAAUUCAACCCUACCCUACAAAUCUCUAACUCCCUCCCCAACUUCACCCCUAACCCCAAAAAACUACAACCCCUCCAACUCUUCACCCCUAAACCUAAAUCCAACUCCCCCACCUUUCCCCCCCAAACCCCUAACCCUAAAUCUUCCCCCCAAUCUCAAAAUAACUCCCCCCCCCCCUUCACCCCUACCUAAAACUACUAACCCCCUCCACCUCUUCCCCCAACGCACAAACUAACCACUCCCCCACCUCUUCAAACCCCCAACCUACAACUACACUCCCCCCCCCUUCAAAAACCCAACCCAAAUCUACUAUUCCCCACCCCUUUUAACCCCCAAACCCCAAUCUACACUCCUCCACCCCUUCAAAAAACCCUAACCCAAUCUACCAACUUCCUCCCCCCCUUCAAAACCCUAACCUACAACUACAUCCCACCCCUUCACCCCCCCAAAAUCUACUAACCCUCCCCCCUUCAAAACCCCAACCCCCACAUCUAACUCCCCCCUCUUCACCCCUAACCCUACAACUACGAACUCCUCCACCCCCCCUAACCCUAAAACUAACCCCUCCCCCCCUUCACCCAACCCCACAAUCUACAACCCUCCCCCCUUCAACCCCCAAAACCCACAAUCUACAAAUCCUCCCAACCCCCCCCUAAACCCAACCUAACCCCUACAUUCACCCCCAAACCCCCAACCCUUUUCCAAAACCCCCCCAAAUCACUUUUCUCCCCCCCCCCUUCAAAACCCCAACCCAAAAAUCUAAAACUCCUCACCCUCUCACCCCCAACCCUACAAUCUACUUCCCUCCACCCUUCAACCCUAACCCUACAAUUAUAACCCCCACCCUUCAACCCUAAACCCCACAAUCACUAACUCCCCACCCUUUAACCCUAAACCCACAACUACUAACUCCCCCCCUUCACCCCAAACCUACAAUCACUAACUCCUCCACUUCCCAACCCCCAAACCCCACAAUUCCCCCACCCUUUCCCCAACCCCCAAACCCCUAAACCUGCCCCCCCCCCCCCCUUCCCUCCCCCCCUUCAACCCUAACCCCAAAAUCUACUAAACCCCUCCACCCCUAAACCCCAACCCCAACAAUCUACAAACUCCCCACCCCUUACCCCCCCUAACCCUACAAUCUACUAACUCCUCCCCCCCUUUUACCCCUAACCCUAAAUCUCAACCCCCUCCACCUCUUUCCCAAAUUCAAAUUCACCCCAACCCCUAACCCUACUCUACUUUUAACCCCUUCCCUUCUUUCCCUCCACCCCUUAAAACCCUCCCCAACUUACAACCCUCCCCCACCUCUUAAACCCUAACCCAAAAAUCUCUAACUCCUCCCACCCCCCCUUCACCCCUAACCCUACAAUCUACUAACUCCUAUUUUCCCCCCCUCCCUUCCAACCCUUUCCACCCCUUUAAACCCUAAAUCAAAAACUAACUCCUCCACCUCUUCAACCCCAAACCCCCAACCAAUCUACAAACCUCCCUCCCCCCCCCUUAAACCCCAAACCCAAAAUCUACAAACCCCCCCACCCUUAAACCCCCUAACCCUAAAUCUAAAAACCCCUCCACCCUUCAACCCAAACCCAAAAAUCUACAAACCCCCUCCCCCCUCUUCAACCCCUAACCCACAACCCUUCAAAACCCUAACUCCUCCCCCAACCCCCCCUUUUCCCCCAACCCCCUUUUAACCCUACAAUCUAUUUAAUCCCCCAACCUCUUAAACCCCUAACCCUAAAGCACUAACUCCUCCCCCCUUAAACCCCUAAAAUCAAAAAAACCCUCCCCCCACCUCUUAAACCCUAACCCAAAAAUCUCUACCCGUCCUCCCCCCUUUCACCCCUAACCCUAAAAUCAAACAAACUCCUCCCCCCCUUUCCCCCUAACCCUAAUCUCAAACUCCUCCCCCUUUUAAACCCCUAACCCCUAAAAAAUCUACUAACUCCCCCAACCCCUUAAACCCCCCUAACCCUACAACCCUACAAACUCCUCCCCUUUUUAAACCCCCCAAAACCCUCCAAACAAACAACCCCUCCUCCACUUUUCCCCCCCCCUUACAAUCUAUUUAAUUCCCCCAACCCUUAAACCCCCCCCCAAACAAUCUAUUCUACAAAACCUUUUCCAAAACCCCCUUUAAACCCUUACAAUCUACAAUUCCCCCACCUUCACCCUAACCCUCCCAAUCUACUAAACCUUUCCCCCCCUUAACCCUUUCCUCAACCCUAAACCCCCUUAACCCCUUUACAAUCUACAAAUUUCCCCACCUUUUUAAACCCCAACCCACAAUCUACAAAACCUCCUCCCCCUUUUUCAACCCAAACCCUCCCAACACUAACCCCUUCCCCCUUAAACCCAAACCCUUUUUAAAAUCUUUAACCCCCCUUUUCCACCCCAACCUAAUCUCCCUAACUCCUCCCCCUUUUUCCUUCACCCCAACCCCUAAAAACCCUACAAAACCUCCUCCCCCCCCUUUCCCCCCCAAACCCCCAAAAAUCUACUAACCCCCAAACCUUCCCCCCCCUUAACCCUACAAUCUCAAACCCUCCCCCCCCCCUUAAAAAACCCAACCCAACAAUCUCUCCUCCCCACCCCUUCACCCCCUUCCCCCCUAAACCAAACAAUUUCCUUUUUAAUUCCUCCCCCCUUCCCCCCUAACCCUAAAAUCUACUCCCUCUCCACCUCUUCCCCCAACCCACAAUCUAAAAAACUCCCCCCCCCCCUUUUCCCAACCCAAACCCCAACAACCCACAAACCCUCCUCCCCUUUUCCCCCCCCAAAACCCCUACAAUCUACAACCCUCCUCCACCUCUUAAAAACCCUAAAAUCUACUUUUUUCCCUCCCCUCUUAAAACCCAAAAACCCUCCCCAUCUACAACCCCUCCCCCCUUCAACCCCCACAAUCAAACUAACUCCUCCACCUCUUAAACCCCCAAAACCCAAACAAUCUCCCAACCCCUCCCCCGUUUCCCAAACAUUAAAAUCCAACCCCCCUUAAACCCUCCCAAUCUACUACUCCCCCCGUUUUAAACCCAAAACCCUCCAAUCUACAACUCCUCUACCCCUUCAACCCAACCCUUAAAAUUUUACAAAAUUCCUCCACCUUUUUAAAACCCCAAACCCAAAACCCUUACAACCCCUUACAAACUCCUCCCCUUUUAAACCCCCCCUCCCACUAAUUUAACCUCCCCCACCUCUUCACCUCAAAAACCCAAACAAUCUACAAAAUCCUGCUUCUUAAAAACCUCCCCCAAACCUUACAAUUACUAAUUCCCUACCCUUCAUUUCCACCCUAAACCCUAAAUCACUAACUCCUCCACCCCUUAAACCCUUACAAUCAAACAAACCCCCCUAAAACCCCUUAAAACCCCAAAAAUCUACUAACCCCCCCCCUCUUCAACCCUAAACCCUACAACCUCCAAACUCCCCCCCCCUUAAACCCAAAACCCAAACAACGACUAACCCCUUUCCCCCCCCUUUAAAAACCCAAACCCUACAAAUCUUUUUUAACUCCCUCCACCCCUUCAACCCCCCAACCUACUAACUCCCCCAUUCUUCACCCCCCCCCCUACAACUACUAAUUCCCCCAAACCCUUCAACCCAACCCAACAAUCUCAACCCCUCCCCCCUCUUAAACCCCUCCCUCAAUCUUUUUAACUCCUCCCCCCCCUUCAACCCUAACCCAACAAUCACAAACUCCUCCACCUUUCCCCCCCUAACCCUACAACCCACUAAUUCCCCUCCCCCCCCUUAAAAAAGCCCCCUUUAAACCCUAAAAUCUCCAAAAAUCCUCCCCCUCUUCAACCCUAACCCCUACAAUCAAAAUACUCCUCCACCCCUUAAACCCCAAACCCCCAACAAUCUACAAAACUCCCCUUUUUCCCCCCAAACCCUUUUUUUUCCCCCCCUUUUAACCCCCAAUCUACAAACCCCUCCACCUUUGCCACCCCAAACCCCUACAAUUUUACAAAACUCCUCCACCCUUUCACCCCAAACCCUCCAAUCUAUUUAACCCCCCCCCAAAAUAACUCCUCCCCCCACCUCUUAAACCUUUUAAACCCUCCCCAAUCUACAAAACCCUCCACCCUUCUUUCACCCCCCCCCCCCAAACUCAAACUAAACCCCUCCCCCUUUCCCCCCAAACCCUACAAUCUACAAACUCCCCUCCCCCAAACCCCUCCCCCACCCCCUUAAACCUUUUAAACCCCUAACCCUAUAAAAUCUACUAACCCUCCCCCCUUUUUUAAACCCCAAACCCCUAAAAUUUUAAACUCCUCCCCCCUUAAAAACCCAAACCCCCAAAAUCUACUAACUCCCUCCCCUCUUCACCCAAACCCCUUUAACAAUCUACUAACCCCUUUCCCCCCUUUUAAACCCCUAACCCUAAAAUCUUUUCCCCCCCCUCCCUUCCCCCCCUCCCUUUAUCCCCCCCCCCCAACCCUACUCUACAAACCCCUCCUCCACCCCUUUCAACCCUCCCCCAACAAUCAAACUCUCCUCCACCUUUUCCCCCAAACCCCUACAACUACUAACUCCUCCCCCCUUCAACCCAAACCCUAAAUCUCUAGUUUCCCCCCCCCUUUUCACCCCAACCCCUACAAUCUACUAACUUCCUCCACCUCUUAAACCCCUAACCCCCCAAACCCUACUAACUCCUCCCCCCAAACCCUAAAAACUACUAAACUCCCCAACCCUUUCCCAAUCUCUUAAACCCUAACCUAAAAUCUACAAACCCUCCCUCCACUUCUUCACCCCUAACCCUACAAUCUACACCUCCCUCCCCCCUUUAAAAACCCUAACCCUAAAAUCUACAAAAUCCCCCACCUUUAAAACCCAAACCCUACAAUCACUAACCCUCCCCCUCUUCAUCCCAAACCCCCUCAAUCACUAACUCCUCCCCCUCUUAAACCCAAACCCUAAAAACUAAAACUCCCCACCUCUUAAACCCCCAACCCACAACAAACCCAACCUCCCCCCUCCCUUUUUAAACCCCUAACCCUAAAAUUUUACAAACCCCCCUCCCCCCUUUCAACCCUAACCCUCCAAUCUACUAAUUUCCCCAAACCUUUUUCAACCCCCUACCCAAACACCCCCUUUAAACCUCCCCCUUCCUCCCCACCUCUUAAACCCAACCCCACAAUCUACUAACCCCCUCCCCCCUUUUCACCUCUUAAAACCCUAACCCUACAAUCACACCCCCUCCACUUCUUCACCCCAAACCCCCCAACUACAAAACCCCUCCCCCUUUUCUUCCCCCUAACCCUAAAAUCUACUAACUCCCCACCUCUUCCCCCCUAACCCUACAAUCUACAAAUUCCCCCCCUCUCCCCCAAACCCCUAAAAUUUCCUCCAAAACCCCCCCCUCCCCCCCCCUUAACCCCUUUCAACCAAACCCCCCCCUUCCCCCAAAACCCUACAAUCUUAACUCCUCAUUCUCUCUUCUACAUGUUUUUUUUUUUUUUUUGUCGUUAAUAAAGUCUUCACCCAAGAUGUUGGAUGUCCCCCUUCCCUUUUCCUCUUUUCAAACUGUAAUUUGACCUAUCAAUAUAAAAAAAACCUGAUAUUUUUUGUUUCUACUUUGUCUACUAGCAAAUUUGGGGCGCAGUGUGGACAGAGAGAGACUUGGGAAAAAUUUUUUUUUUGAAAAAAAAUUUUUUUUUUCCCCCCUUUUUCCCCCCCCCCUUUUUCCCCCCCCUUUUUUUUUGGGGAAAUUUUUUUUUCCCUUUUUUUCCCCCCCUUCUCUCUUUCUUCUUCCCCCUUUUUUCCCCCCCCUUUUUCUUCCCCCUUUUUUUCUUUCUCUUUUUUUUUUUUCCCCCCCCCCCUUUCUCUUUUCUCUUUUCCCCCCCCCCCCCUCUCCUUUUCCUUCCCCCUCCCCCCCCCCCGGGGGGGGCCCCUUUUUUUUCCCCCCCCCCAAAAAAUUUCCCCCCCCUUUUUGGGGUUUUUUUUUUUUUUUUUGGGGUUUUUUUUUUUUUUUUUUUUCCCCUUUUUUAAAAUUUUUUUCCCCCCUUUCCCCUUUGGGGGGGGGCCCCCCCCCCCCCCCCCUUUUUUUUUUGGGGGCCCCCCCCCCCCCUUUUUUUUUUUCCCCCCUUUUUUUUUCCCCCCCAAAAAAUUUUUUUUUUUUUUCCCCCCCCCCCCUUUUUUUUGGGUUUUUUUCCCCCCCCCCCCUUUCUCCCUUUUUCCCCCCCCCCUUUUUUUUUUUUUUCCGGUUUUUUGUUUCCCUUUUUUUCCCCCCUUUUUCCCCUUUUUUCCCCCCCCCCCCCCCCCCCCCUUUUCCCCCCCCCUUUUUUUUCCCCCCCUUUUUCCCCCCUUUUUUUUUUUUUCCCCCCCCCCCCCCCCCCGGGCCCCCUUUUUUUUUCCCCCCCUUUGGUCAGGGAAAAGGGGGGGUUUAAGGGAAAAACCCGGGGGAACCCUUUCCCCCCGGGUUUGGGGGUUUUUUUUUUUUUUUAAAAUCCAAAUUUUUUUUGUUUUUUUGGGGGGGGUUUUUUUUUAAAGGGUUUUUUUUUUUUGGGGGGGUUUUGGGGGGGGGGGGUGUUUUUUUUCCCCCCCGGGGGAAAAAUUGGGGUUUUUUUCCCCCUUUUUAAAUUUUUCCUUGGGAAAGGGGGGAAAAAAAAUCUAUCUCUCUAUCUCUCUCGCUCUCGCUCUCGCUCUCGCUCUCGCUCUCGCUCUCGCUCUCUCUCAGGGUCAGGUCACAGUUCAGAUGACCAUGAGGAUCCAGAUCAAGUCUACCCCAAGCCCAAGUCUGUGAACAUGGCAGACAGAGUAAGAGUGUGUGUGUGUACUUUGAGUAUAUACUAGAGUGCUGUAAUGUUAUUUUGUUGCUGUUUGUCAGUGAUGGCUGUGUUGUCCAAUAGGAUGUGUUCCUGCCGGUGCCGGGGUGGGGGAAGGGGAAGGGGCGGUGCAGUUCUCUCUGCAGCGACGAUGAACUAUUGGAUGAUGACAACGAGCCAAUCAGCAGCCUGUGAGUCUCCCCUGACCUCUGGUGACAUCUUUGUUCCUGUAGAGCGAGGGAGAGAGGGAAUAACUCUUCCUCUCUCUCUCUUUCCCUCUCUCCCGCCUCACUUUCUGUCUUUCUCUCGCUCCCAUCUCUUUCUCGCUAAUUCUCCUUUUCUCUCAGUCGGAGCUCGUGGCAGGACUAUGGUCUGAGUACGCUCCAGGGUAGUGUCUACCUGCCGGUCAGAGGCAGGGUCCUAGCCCCGCCCCCUAGAGAUGGCCCCUCCCCUGAACCCUGCCCUGUUCUAAAGAUGGGCUGGCUGGAUAAGAACCCAACCCAGGGGUACGUAACGGACACACAAACACACACACACACACACAGACAUCCAGUAUAUGACCCCUAACUGUGUGUAUGUGUGUGCAGGUCCCUGUACUAUCAGAGGAGAUGGGUGAAGCUGGAUGUUGACUACCUGAGAUACUUUGACAACGACAAGGUGCGGUAGCCAUCAGUUGGCCAUCUACGCUGUUCUGUUAGUCUAUACAUUAACUAGGUCAGAAUGGUAGAGUGGAUUAGUGUUUCUCAGAGAUGUUGUUUCUCUAUUGAUGGUCUGGCUGUGUGUGUGUGUGUGUGUGUGUGUGUGUGUGUGCGUGUGUGUGCGCGACUGAGUGAGAGUGGUCCUAUGAGUCAUGGUGUGUUGUGUUGCAGGAAGUGUACUCUAAGAGGAUCAUACCAAUGGCUGUCAUUACGGGGGUGACCAACGUGGGGGAGCAGAAGUUUGAGGUGGUCACAGCCAGCCGGACCUUUCUCUUCAAAGCCGAGAGCGACUGUGAGUCCCUGUGUGUGUGUGUGUGUGUACAUCCUUUGUUGCUCUUCUCUGGUUGUCAGCCCAGGAACCUUCACCACAGGUAAACAGCACCAUGGUUUAAUACACAGGGACUAGGUCCCUCGGUGCACUCUUCUCUUCUGUGAUAUCAUUGCUAGAAGUAAGUUAAUGUUAGCCAGAUAAUAGGAAGUAUUAUACUGUGUGUUAAUGGGAACUGUGUGUCUGUCUUUAUAUUGCCCUGUGGUGUGCUGGUUGUGUAACAGAGAGAUGAGAAACAGAUAGAGUUCUCUUUGGGCCUGAAAAUUACAGCCCGGUCCGACCCAAGCCCGGUCCGAUAUCACAGAAAUGUAAUGAGCCCAAACCCCGAUUUCUAGAAAACAGUAUAUUGAUUUAAACUGGUGUUGAGAACAAUGCGGCCGGCGGAGGCGGGUCACAGCUGAGUGAGGAGACGAGGAAUCAGCCCUGGUCUUAGAAAAGUGCAGAGAGGAAAACUCACCUUAGUUAUGAUCAGCGACCAACAUAUGGGAAUAAAGUAAGCUAAUGCAAUUGAAGCCAUGUAUCAUGUUGUUGCUUACUGAAACUCCCAAAGUCAUAUCCAUAAUAAUUAAAGCAAUGGUCAACUAGAUGAUCAUUUCAACACCGUUUUGAUGUGAAGAGCGUGGGGGGGGACUCGUCUUGAUAAAUCAAUCAAAGUCAAUUGGUUUUCACUGAUUCUCCGUUUGGGAUAUUUGGUAACGUAUAGGCUGGGGAAAUGUUAGCUAAGUUAAGGUGAGUGCUAAUGAUCAUCUUUAUUCUAGUUUGCUGAUAUAUUAGCUGAUCAGAACAGUUUGCUAGCAUGUUAUGCUCUUCACACUAUCCUACUCCUGAUGACCAAAAGCCUGUGACUUGUCUAAUAAUCAAUCAAUGUGAUUUUGUUUAACUGAAUCUCCAUCUGUAUAUUUGGUUAAUUGAUCUCUGGCUGGACAGACAAGUGGAGGUGGUAUAGCUAAUUUAUUCAUUUGCUCAUCUAUCACUGAUCAGAAACAUUUAGCAUGCAAUAAUGUAGCCUAAAUCAACUGUAUUAUUUUGCUCUUGACUCAUGUACAGUGAGGGAAAAAAGUAUUUGAUCCCCUGCUGAUUUUGUACGUUUGCCAACUGACAAAGAUCAGUCUAUAAUUUUCAUGGUAGGUUUAUUUGAACAGUGAGAGACAGAAUAACAACAAAAAAAUCCAGAAAAAAACGCAUGUCAAAAAUGUUAUAAAUUGAUUUGCAUUUUAAUGAGGGAAAUAAGUAUUUGACCCCUCUGCAAAACAUGACUUAGUACUUGGUGGCAAAACCCUUGUUGGCAACCAGAGGUCAGACGUUUCUUGUAGUUGGCCACCAGGUUUGCAUACAUCUCAGGAGGGAUUUUGUUCCACUCCUCUUUGCAGAUCUUCUCCAAGUCAUUAAGAUUUCGAGGCUGACUUUUGGCAACUCGAACCUUCAGCUCCCUCCACAGAUGUUCUAUGGAAUUAAGGUCUGGAGACUGGCUAGGCCACUCCAGGACCUUAAUGUGCUUCUUCUUGAGCCACUCCUUUGUUGCCUUGGCCGUGUGUUUUGGGUCAUUGUCAUGCUGGAAUAUCCAUCCACACGACCCAUUUUCAAUGCCCUGGCUGAGGGAAGGAGGUUCUCACCCAAGAUUUGACGGUACAUGGCCCCGUCCAUCGUCCCUUUGAUGCGGUGAAGUUGCCCUGUCCCCUUAGCAGAAAAACACCCCCAAAGCAUAAUGUUUCCACCUCCAUGUUUGACGGUGGGGAUGGUGUUCUUGGGGUCAUAGGCAGCAUUCCUCCUCCUCCAAACACGGCGAGUUGAGUUGAUGCCAAAGAGCUCCAUUUUGGUCUCAUCUGACCACAACACUUUCACCCAGUUCUCCUCUGAAUCAUUCAGAUGUUCAUUGGCAAACUUCAGACGGCCCUGUAUAUGUGCUUUCUUGAGCAGGGGGACCUUGCGGGCGCUGCAGGAUUUCAGUCCUUCAUGGCGUAGUGUGUUAACAAUUGUUUUCUUGGUGAUUAUGGUCCCAGCUGCCUUGAGAUCAUUGACAAGAUCCUCCCGUGUAGUUCUGGGCUGAUUCCUCACCGUUCUCAUGAUCAUUGCAACGCCACGAGGUGAGAUCUUGCAUGGAGCCCCAGGCCGAGGGAGAUUGACAGGUCUUUUGUGUUUCUUGAAUUUGCGAAUAAUCGCACCAACUGUUGUCACCUUCUCACCAAGCUGCUUGGCGAUGGUCUUGUAGCCCAUUCCAGCCUUGUGUAGGUCUACAAUCUUGUCCCUGACAUCCUUGGAGAGCUCUUUGGUCUUGGCCAUGGUGGAGAGUUUGGAAUCUGAUUGAUUGAUUGCUUCUGUGGACAGGUGUCUUUUAUACAGAUAACAAACUGAGAUUAGGAGCACUCCCUUUAAGAGUGUGCUCCUAAUCUCAGCUCGUUACCUGUAUAAAAGACACCUGGGAGCCAGAAAUCUUCCUGAUUAAGAGGGGGUCAAAUACUUAUUUCCCUCAUUAAAAUGCAAAUCAAUUUAUAACAUUUUUGACAUGCGUUUUUCUGGAUAUUUUUGUUUUUAUUCUGUCUCUCACUGUUCAAAUAAACCUACCAUUAAAAUUAUAGACUGAUAAUUUCUUUGUCAGUGGGAAAACGUACAAAAUCAGCAGGGGAUCAAAUACUUUUUUCCCUCACUGUAUAGGCUAUAGUAGCCUUAUAUAAUCUAUCCAACGUCGAGCUGUGAAAGCGCGUCCUGUUUCAUCAUUAGCAGAACAGUCAUAUGGUGUAUUUUGUAAGGAUGUAUCGGCGUUAACAGAUGCCAUUAGAAUAUGGGCUUCUCCUGAUUCUGUCUGGUGGGUCAUCAUUCUCCCAAGUCUCCAGCCUAUAGCUUAUUGCAAUUUGGAACAUUUAAAUCAACAGACAAAAUGCUUUCAUCAUGGCCACAAAUGUCUCUGGCCCAGCCAUUAUUGGAAUCCUGGCGCCGCUAAUCUCUGCAGCUGUUGCUGCUGAAAGAGAGUCGUAGUAGGCUAAAAGGUGCACAGACACGCACAGUUUUUUUUUUUCUUAACACAAAACAGCAAGCCCGAAACCCACCCGGCCCGAAUCAGCCCCAUCGGGAUCAGAACGAGAACUCUAGAAACAGAAACUAAUCUGCCCAUAAUGCAUCAGGAUCAAGCUGUUCAUAUCACACUGCUGCAUGCUAAAUCCCUCUUCUUCUGUGUGCGUGUGUGCGUGCGUGCGCGCGUGUGUGUGUGUGUGUGUGUGUGCGUGUGCGUAGCUGAAAGGAAUGAGUGGGUGUCAGUUCUGCAGGACUUCACUUGGGGCCGCCAGGAGGGCAGCAGGGAGAUUACCUCUCUGACCCCUGGUUCGCCCCUGACCCCUGAACAGCAGGGCUACCUGGAGCUGAGGGGCCUGCGCUCCAAACUCUAUACGGUCGUCUCCGGAGACAAGGUCUUCCUCUACAAGAACAUGGAGGUGUGUGUGUGUGUGUGUGUGUGUGUUUUCAAAUACAAAUAUGUACAUACUCCAUGCAUUUUAACCCUAGUCUGUUUGGCCCUAGGGCUAUUUGAAACAAUGGGUGUUUCUCAAUAUGAAUACUACCAUGCUCCACACGCUCAUGCUCCGAAUGUAUUCUCCGACCACGUUUUCUUGACUGCGUUCUUGUGAGGACGAGAGUGUGGAGAAUGCAUAAAACAUUACAUUUGAGAAGCACUCGCUCUCCCCCUACUGUAUUACCUCCCGCUGCACCUCCCCAUUCACUGAACCUUCUUCCAGCCAGGACAAUGGCAACAAAGCAAACGUUUUACUUCAUAAUUAUCAGCUAGAAUGAGUGAAUGUGAAUCGUAAUAAUCUAGCUAGCCAGCUAGUUAAACAGGCAAAAAUGACCUAAAACGAAUAUUAUGCAAGAUUGAUGUCAAUUCUUCGUGGGUAGCUAGCUAACGAUUCUUAGUGGCUAUCUGGAUAGCUAACAGUACUAGUAGCUAGCCAGUUAGCCCUAUUGACUUAUUAUGGGCUUGCGAUCUACGGUACAUAGACAGGUAAACAUGCCAAAAUUAACAAAGCAUUUAUUUAAUAACGUAUCAAGAUAUAAUAUUGCAGUCAGGCAACAUAUGAGAUGUGAAUGGGCAACAUUUUAUUCCGAAGUAGGAGUGUAUUUUCUCUCACUUCAGCUCAAAUAAUGUCCGCCAUUGAUUAAAAAAAUAUAAUUGUCAUUUUUUACGUGGUUGCGUCAUAUUUUUUUGCAUACUUUCCGUUGAAGCUUGCAUCGAUGCAUGCUUCAAAAUAUGUACAAACUGAGUAUGCAUUCGAGAAGUGCCCUCCGUGCUCCAUUUCGCAUACUUUGAUUUGGACUCAUAAGUAUUCAGACUUUUUCCACAUUUUGUUACGUUACAGCCUUAUUCUAAAAUGUAUUAAAUUGUUUUUUUCCCUCAUCAAUCUACACACAAUACCCCAUAAUGACAAAGCAAAAACAGGUUUUUAGACAUUUUAGCAAAUGUAUAAAAAAUACAAAACUGAAAUAUCACAUUUACAUAAGUAGUCAGACCUUUUACUCAGUACUUUGUUGAAGCACUUUUGGCAGCGAUUACAGCCUUGAGUCUUCUUGGGUAAGACACUACAAGCUUGGCACACCUGUAUUUGGCGAGUUUCUCCCAUUCUUCUCUGCAGAUCCUCUCAAGCUCUGUCAGGUUGGAUGGGGAGCGUUGCUGCACAGCUAUUUUCAGGUCUCUCCGGAGAUGUUCGAUCGGGUUCAAGUCCGGGCUCUGGCUGGGCCACUUAAGGACAUUCAGAGACUUGUCCCGAAACCACUCCUGCGUUGUCUUGGCUGUGUGCUUAGGGUCGUUGUCCUGUUGAAAGGUGAACCUUCGCCCCAGUCAGAGGUCCUGAGCGCUCUGGAGCAGGUUUUCAUCAAGGAUCUUUCUGUACUUUGCGCCAUUCAUCUUUCCCUCGAUCCUGACUAGUCUCCCAGUCCCUGCUGCUGAAAAACAUCCCCACAGCCUGAUGCUGCCACCACCAUGCUUCACCGUAGGGAUGGUGACGCUUGGCAUUCAGGCCAUAGUGUUCAAUCUUGGUUUCAUCAGACCAGAGAAUCUUGUUUCUCAUGGUCUGAGAGUCUUUAGGUGCCUUUUUGGCAAACUCCAAGCAGGCUUUCGUGCCUUUUACUGAGGAGUGUCUUCCAUCUGGCUGGGUUUAUCACUAUGGCCUGAAUGCCAUAGUGAUAAACCACUCACUGGGUUUAUGUGUGUGUGAUGAAAUGGGCAUCUGACCUGUCUUCGGAUCAAAUUCUACAGUUAUCUUAUUAGUGACUGAAACCAGGCUGAACCCUUUUUCUCUCCUUGAGCGUUUUCCUGAUUAAAUUACAGCGUGACGGGGUGGGACAGAGGGGUUAGGCUUGGUUAUGUUUGAGAGAUUGAUUGUGGACCUACCAUGUCCACAGUCAAUCUCCAGGUCAAGCCAGGGUGAGCCAGGGUUGAACAAAGUUGAAACUGAACAGUAUUAUUUUUACAUGACAGGGCUGUUAUUUGUACAUGACAAAGCUUUAUUGGUCACACCAUCAUUGUUUCCAAACUGAAUACAUAGAAGGAGGAGAAGUCAAAUUUCGCACACUAUCAUAAAUUAAGGAAGUGGGCAGAGCUGUCAAGAGGUGAAAACUGGAGAUGGUGGUGGAACCAAAGAGGGAGGGGUUAAGCUAAAAUGUAUGUAAAAUGAUAUACAGUGGGGAAAAAAAGUAUUUAGUCAGCCACCAAUUGUGCAAGUUCUCCCACUUAAAAAGAUGAGAGAGGCCUGUAAUUUUCAUCAUAGGUACACGUCAACUAUGACCGACAAAAUGAGAAAAAAAAAUCCAGAAAAUCACAUUGUAGGAUUUUUAAUGAAUUUGCAAAUUAUGGUGGAAAAUAAGUAUUUGGUCAAUAACAAAAGUUUCUCAAUACUUUGUUAUAUACCCUUUGUUGGCAAUGACACAGGUCAAACGUUUUCUGUAAGUCUUCACAAGGUUUUCACACACUGUUGCUGGUAUUUUGGCCCAUUCCUCCAUGCAGAUCUCCUCUAGAGCAGUGAUGUUUUGGGGCUGUCGCUGGGCAACACGGACUUUCAACUCCCUCCAAAGAUUUUCUAUGGGGUUGAGAUCUGGAGACUGGCUAGGCCUCUCCAGGACCUUGAAAUGCUUCUUACGAAGCCACUCCUUCGUUGCCCGAGCGGUGUGUUUGGGAUCAUUGUCAUGCUGAAAGACCCAGCCACGUUUCAUCUUCAAUGCCCUUGCUGAUGGAAGGAGGUUUUCACUAGAAAUCUCACGAUACAUGGCCCCAUUCAUUCUUUCCUUUACACGGAUCAGUCGUCCUGGUCCCUUUGCAGAAAAACAGCCCCAAAGCAUGAUGUUUCCACCCCCAUGCUUCACAGUAGGUAUGGUGUUCUUUGGAUGCAACUCAGCAUUCUUUGUCCUCCAAACACGACGAGUUGAGUUUUUACCAAAAAGUUCUAUUUUGGUUUCAUCUGACCAUAUGACAUUCUCCCAAUCCUCUUCUGGAUCAUCCAAAUGCACUCUAGCAAACUUCAGACGGGCCUGGACAUGUACUGGCUUAAGCAGGGGGACACGUCUGGCACUGCAGAAUUUGAGUCCCUGGCGGCGUAGUGUGUUACUGAUGGUAGGAUUUGUUACUUUGGUCCCAGCUCUCUGCAGGUCAUUCACUAGGUCCCCCCGUGUGGUUCUGGGAUUUUUGCUCACCGUUCUUGUGAUCAUUUUGACCCCACGGGGUGAGAUCUUGCGUGGAGCCCCAGAUCGAGGGAGAUUAUCAGUGGUCUUGUAUGUCUUCCAUUUCCUAAUAAUUGCUCCCACAGUUGAUUUCUUCAAACCAAGCUGCUUACCUAUUGCAGAUUCAGUCUUCCCAGCCUGGUGCAGGUCUACAAUUUUGUUUCUGGUGUCCUUUGACAGCUCUUUGGUCUUGGCCAUAGUGGAGUUUGGAGUGUGACUGUUUGAGGUUGUGGACAUGUGUCUUUUAUACUGAUAACAAGUUCAAACAGGUGCCAUUAAUACAGGUAACGAGUGGAGGACAGAGGAGCCUCUUAAAGAAGAAGUUACAGGUCUGUGAGAGCCAGAAAUCUUGCUUGUUUGUAGGUGACCAAAUACUUAUUUUCCACCAUAAUUUGCUAAUAAAUUCAUUACAAAUCCUACAAUGUGAUUUUCUGGAUUUUCUUUUCUCAUUUUGUCUGUCAUAGUUGACGUGUACCUAUGAUGAAAAUUACAGGCCUCUCUCAUCUUUUUAAGUGGGAGAACUUGCACAAUUGGUGGCUGACUAAAUAAAAAUGUUCCCCACUGUAGAUAGGCUAGAAAUGUUUUAGCAGUUUUUUUUGUGGAGGUUGCAUUCAAUUGCCAAUCCCUGUUGCACACAACAAGCUUAGAUUCCCCCUGGCACAAGCGGAUUUAUGGCCGAAUUAAGAAGAAAUCGUCAACCCUGUUACGGUCAACCCUGUUACGGUCAACCCUGUUACUUUAUUUAGCACUUGAUUGACACUUAUUAUAGUAAAACAUUUUAUGUGAGAUGGGAAGACGUGUUUGUUAUGAAUUUGAACAUGUGCUCUUUAUGACAAUGUUAAAAUGAGAUGAAAUCCAACGAUUUUUUUUAAACCAAGUUACACAUCUCCAAAGGCACCGAAUUGAUGGAACAACCUAUUUAUUGGAAGUUAUUAUAAAAUACUUUAAAAUACUUAAAAUAAAACUUGCUGAUUUGACCACAUUAUUUAGAAAAUACUCAAAUGCACAGAAAAUAAGUAUCUAUGGCUGCAUUUAGACAGGCAGCCCAAUUCUGAUAUUUGUUUCACUAAUUGGUCUUUUGACCAAUCAGAUCAGCUCCGAAAAAGAUCUUAUGUGAAAAUAUCCGAUGUGAUUGGUCAAAAGACCAAUUAUUGGAAAAAAGAUCAGAAUUGGGCUGCCUGUAUAAACGCAGCCUAAAAAACAAAUACUUAAAUAUGCAUGUAUUUUAACCCAGCUCUGAUCUUAACGAGAGCUGAUCUAAUUGGUUGUUUUAGUGGGUGAUAUCAGCUGUGUGAUGUGUGUGUUCUGCUUCCAGGACUACCGCCUUGGCAUCGGCAUCACGUCUAUCGACAUGAACGUAGGAAACGUUAAAGUCACUGACCGCCGCAGCUUUGAUCUGACCACACCCUACCGCAUCUUCAGGUUUACACACACACACACGCACACGCACACAUUCAGAAACACAAACAGCAAGGUUAGAGAGAGAGUGGUCAGCUUGACCGGAUGAGUGUUUCUGUGUGUGUGGUUCUGUGUGUGUGUGUGUGGUUCUGCGUGUGUGUGGUUCUGUGUAUGUGUGUGUGGUUCUAUGUGUGUGUGUGGUUCUGUGUGUGACUGAAGUGUGUGUGACUGAAUAGAAGAGGAAGGACUAAACCGAGGGUCUGCGUCAAGCUGUUCAGAGGCCACAUCUGUCUGUGUGUGUGUGUCUGUGUGUGUGUCUGUGUGUGUGUGUCUGUGUGUGUGUCUGUAG